AACUGGAGGAGUGCCUAAAGCAGUUAAAGGAAGAAAGAGUAAUAAGGCUUAAGGCUGAUAAACGAGUCAGUGAGCUGGAACAUGAAAAUUCCAAGUUAAGAAAUAUAAAUUUAUCUUUGUCUGAAGCUCUUCAUGCACAGUCAUUGACAAGCAUGAUCCUGGAUGAUGAAGGUGUUUUGGGAAGCAUUGAGAAUUCUUUUCAGAAGUUUCAUGCUUUCUUGGAUCUCCUUAAAGAUGCGGGGCUUGGGCAGCUUGCCACAAUGGCUGGUAUAGAUCAGUCAGAUUUUCAUUUAUUAGGUCGUCCUCAGAUGAAUUCUACUAUUACUAGUCCACCUAAAGAGGAAAAGAAGGCACUUGAAGAAGAAAAACCAGAACCAAAUCAGAAUGCCCUAGGACAAAUGCAAAAUAUCCAAUUUCAGAAAAUUACAGGUGAUGCUACAAUUCCUUUGCCUUUCGACUCCUUCCCUGUCCCAGUUUCUACUCAGGAAGCCACAGUAACGUCCAAAGACAACCUGGGAGUCCCGGCCACCGAGCAGCAUGAGUCUUUUGAAGGAUUCAUUGCUAGAACAUGUUCUCCUUUAGCAGAAGUGAUUUCUGGGCCUGGAAGUCAAAGAAAAGAUGAAGAGUUGUCCAGAAAUAGCAGAUCUUCAGAGAAAAUGUCCAAAACAGGUGAAUAUACCAAAAAACACUCUGCUAAGAAACAACUUGGAAAGGACCUGCAUUCCUACUCUGACUCUACUCCUAUAAACUGGAAAAGCAAAGGAAUCAGGGAAACUAGUUCUUUGGUUAAUGAACCAGCUAAAAGUGAGUCUUUGAAAAAAUACAUUUCUGUCAAGAAAGAAAGUAGAAUAGUGACUGUUUCAUCCAAGACAAAUAAAAGUAAACAUAAUCUACUAGAACAUUCUGAAAAUGAUACUCUUGCAUCUGAUUUUGAAUUUCAAGAAAGCAUCCAUUCUCUAUCACACCUGACAUAGGUCUAAAUCUUUAGAAAUUAUGUUUUUACCUUCAAGUUUUAAUAAAUUAAUAAAAUUUUUUUAUGUUUUCAUUGUG